AUGAGCACUCCAGCCCUUUCAGGAGGCACGAGCUUCUAUUCUGGGUUCACUCGACUAUGCAAGGGCCUUGCUGUGGUUCUCCUAGGCGGCCACAUUGUUGUCCAGCUCUUCCCUUCGGCUAUUACUUACCUUGCUCUUAUUCCCGCCAGGACAAUUCCCUUCACUUGGAACCUCAUAACAGCCGGUUAUGUUGAACAGUCAGUGCAUGGGGUGGUUGCCAGCACACUUGGUCUCCUUUUCAUUGGCAAGUUACUUGAGCCCAUAUGGGGUUCUCGGGAAUUCUUGAAGUUCAUUUUUGUAGUUAACUUUCUGACUUCUGUAUGCGUUUUCAUUACUGCUAUCACCUUGUACUACCUUACAACGCAGGAAAAUUACCUUUACAUGCCACUUUCUGGAUUCCAUGGGGUUCUUUCAGGGUUCUUGGUUGGCAUCAAGCAGAUAAUUCCCGACCAAGAGCUGCCUUUGUUGAAGAUAAAAGCUAAGUGGUUACCAUCUCUGACCCUGUUGUUCUGUAUUGCUGUAAGCUUCUUCACACUUGAGUCCGUGAGAUAUCUUCCAACCUUAAUAUCUGGCACAUAUAUGAGCUGGAUUUACCUCAGAUACUGGCAGAGAAAACCAGAAACUAAACUUAAGGGUGAUCCGAGUGAUGAUUUUUCAUUCUCGACGUUCUUCCCUGAACUUUUGAGACCGGUCAUUGAUCCCAUCGCAUCUAUAUUUCGUCGAAUGCUCUGUGGGAGAACUGAAGCUUCUAAUGAAGCCCAGGGUUACACGCUGGGUGGUGCCUCAUUACCAGGUUCUGAUCCCAUCGAGGCAUCUCGAAGGAGAGAAAGGGGAGCUCGAGCACUUGAAGAACGACUGGCAGCUGACAGGUUGGCCACUGCAAGCAGUGCAGAAGGGGCACGAAAAGACUCUACAGAAAAUGUUUAA